CCGAAUAGUUAACAUACAAUCAUGUCUGGUCGUGGAAAAGGUGGUAAGGCAAAGGGCAAGUCCAAGACUCGUUCAUCCCGUGCUGGUCUCCAGUUCCCAGUAGGUCGCGUACACCGAUUCUUAAGAAAAGGCAAUUAUGCCGAGCGUGUUGGUGCCGGCGCUCCUGUAUAUUUGGCUGCAGUACUCGAGUACUUGGCCGCGGAAAUACUGGAGUUGGCCGGUAACGCCGCUCGUGACAACAAGAAGUCCAGGAUCAUUCCACGUCACUUACAGCUUGCUGUCCGAAACGGCGAGGAGUUGAACAAGCUCAUGUCGGGAGUCACCAUCGCCCAGGGUGGUGUAUUGCCUAAUAUCCAGGCCGUUCUCCUGCCAAAGAAGUCCAACCCUAAAUCCAAGUAAACCACUAAGUAUGCACUGCAUACACAAACCAAACUGCCCUUUUCAGGGCCACCACAUCCUCCAAAAAGAGAACUACCGUAAUAAUUAUAAAUGAUGUGUGUUGUUGUGAACGAGUGUAGAAUUAGCGUAGCACUCAGAAUCGCAAAUAUUAUUGUAAGGGAAGGCAGGCCGGCAGCACGGCGAGAUGUUAUUUGAAUAAAAAAAACAAUAGUAUCUA